CCCAGGCCAACACCAGCUGUUGCCUUGGUUUUCAAGAAGGGAAACCCUAUUGCUUUGGUUAUUUACAUUUCAAGCGACCUGGAGUUGUUAAGUCACUGAGGGGACCAGAGCUCCCUGGCACUCAGGGCUAUCCCUGACACCACGGGCUGAGGUUGAGAGUGAGUUGACAGCAGUCGCCAUUUACCAUCCUGGUCCUGGGUCCUUGUCCCCAUCAUCAACCGCCUGGCUUCUCCGUGAGAGUCAUCAGCGCCGAUUGAAAAACAUUUGCUGGUUCCAGAGCUCGGUGCCAACAACAUGCCCAAGCAGGUCGAAGUACGGAUGCACGACAGCCAUCUCAGCUCGGAGGAGCCGAAGCACCGGCCUCUGGGCCUGCGCCUGUGUGACAAGCUGGGGAAGAAUCUCCUGCUCACACUGACCGUGUUUGGUGUCAUCCUGGGGGCAGUAUGUGGAGGGCUUCUCCGCUUGGCAUCUCCUCUCCACCCUGACGUGGUUAUGUUAAUAGCCUUCCCAGGGGAUAUACUCAUGAGGAUGCUAAAAAUGCUUAUUCUGCCUCUCAUCAUCUCCAGCUUAAUCACAGGUUUGUCGGGCCUGGAUGCUAAAGCCAGUGGACGCUUGGGCACGAGAGCCAUGGUGUAUUACAUGUCCACAACCGUCAUUGCCGCAGUGCUGGGGGUCAUCUUGGUCUUGGCCAUCCACCCAGGGAACCCCAAACUCAAGAAGCAGCUGGGACCCGGGAAGAAAAAUGAUGAAGUGUCCAGCCUGGAUGCCUUCCUGGACCUCAUCCGAAAUCUCUUCCCUGAAAACCUUGUCCAAGCCUGUUUUCAGCAGAUUCAAACGGUGACCAAGAAAGUCCUGGUGGCGCCUCCAUCAGAUGAGGAGGGCAAUGCCACCAACGCUGUCAUCUCAUUAUUGAACGAGACUGUGACGGAGGCACCUGAGGAAACGAAGGUGGUUAUCAAGAAGGGCCUGGAGUUCAAGGAUGGCAUGAAUGUCUUAGGUCUGAUCGGGUUUUUCAUUGCUUUUGGCAUCGCCAUGGGGAAGAUGGGAGAGCAGGCCAAGCUGAUGGUGGAAUUCUUCAACAUUUUGAAUGAGAUUGUAAUGAAGUUAGUGAUCAUGAUCAUGUGGUACUCUCCCCUGGGUAUCGCCUGCCUCAUUUGUGGAAAGAUCAUUGCAAUCAAGGACUUAGAAGUGGUUGCUAGGCAACUGGGGAUGUACAUGGUCACGGUGAUAGUGGGCCUCAUCAUCCAUGGGGGCAUCUUUCUCCCCUUGAUUUACUUUCUAGUCACCAGGAAAAACCCUUUCUCCUUUUUUGCUGGCAUUUUCCAAGCCUGGAUCACUGCCCUGGGUACCGCCUCCAGUGCGGGAACUUUGCCUGUUACCUUCCGUUGCUUGGAAGAAAACCUGGGGAUUGAUAAGCGUGUAACCAGAUUUGUCCUCCCAGUUGGAGCAACCAUCAACAUGGACGGUACAGCCCUUUAUGAAGCAGUGGCCGCCAUCUUUAUUGCCCAAAUGAAUGGUGUUAUCUUGGAUGGAGGCCAGAUUGUGACUGUGAGCCUCACGGCCACGCUGGCGAGCGUCGGUGCGGCCAGUAUCCCCAGCGCGGGCCUCGUCACCAUGCUUCUCAUCCUGACGGCUGUGGGCCUGCCAACGGAGGACAUCAGCCUGCUGGUGGCUGUGGACUGGUUGCUGGACAGGAUGAGGACUUCAGUCAAUGUUGUGGGUGACUCCUUUGGGGCUGGGAUUGUCUAUCACCUCUCCAAGUCUGAGCUGGAUACUAUUGACUCCCAGCAUCGAGUGCAUGAAGAUAUUGAAAUGACCAAGACUCAGUCCAUUUAUGAUGACAUGAAGAACCAUAGGGAAAGCAACUCUAAUCAAUGUGUCUAUGCUGCACACAACUCUGUCAUAGUAGAUGAGUGCAAGGUGACUCUGGCAGCCAACGGAAAGUCAGCCGACGGCGGUGUUGAGGAAGAACCUUGGAAGCGUGAAAAAUAAGGAUAUGACUCUCAGCAAAUUCUUGAAUAAA